CCUUCUUCACCGGUCUAGCUAUUUAAAAACUACCCUCCUUUAGAACGUAGUGGGAGGGGGUGAUUCACGAAAGCGUUAAUAUUCUCGUCCCGAAAAAGUUUUGAGACUCAGUGUGACGUUUACUCUUGAGUUGGGAAGUGUUUGAACUUUUGAUACUUUGUAUAUAGUGUUCUCUCGUUAAAAUUGUGAUGCAUUUGCCGAACAAUCAUAGUUUAUCAAAAAUGACGGAUAUGUACACAUCAUUACAGGAAAGUCUUCAAGAAUACCACGGUGAACUGGUCCAAACUGGCAGUCCUGCUAUUUUGUGUAGUGUUUUACCGACCCACUGGCGCUCAAACAAAAGUUUGCCGAUUGCUUUCAAAGUUGUGGCUCUGGACGAUGUGUCUGACGGGACUGUAGUGACACUUAAAGCCGGGAAUGACGAAAACUAUUGUGCCGAAUUGAGAAACUGUACCGCAGUUAUGAAAAACCAAGUAGCUAAAUUUAAUGACUUGAGGUUCGUUGGACGGUCUGGAAGAGGGAAGAGUUUUACGCUGACCAUCACCAUUAGUACAGCUCCUUACUACCAAAUGGCUACAUAUUCCAAGGCCAUUAAGGUUACAGUUGAUGGACCUAGAGAACCAAGAACCAAAUCAAAUUACCAAUACGGAUAUGGUAUGCCUGGAUUGCCAGGAGGAUUCAAUCCUUUCCUGAUCAACCCUGGAUGGUUAGAUGCCGCUUACAUGUCCUACGCCUUUCCUGAUUACUUGCGAAGAUCUGCCGGUAUUCCACAGCAGCCAAAUAUACACACACCUCUAGUUAAAGGCUCGCCUUUAGCUCCGAACGUCCAACCUCCUCACGACUUCUUCAUUCCUCCACCAGCAGCCCCUGCUGGACCCUUCCACACCGGUGCUAACUUCCUUCCUAGUGCAUUACCUCAAUUCUCCCAAGAACUGAACAAACUAUCCGGUUUCGACAUGCCUUUACGACCUGUGAUGCCUAGUCCUUUAGAUCAGAUGAGCUUGCGGAUAUCACCAGUCUCCAACAGCCAAUCAGUCAGUCCGCAGCUGUCUAGUGCACAGGAAACCAAAAUACAUUCGACGGUGGAUCAGUCUUCCUCCUCGGAUAACUCCGAUGAUGAGGAUAUAGACGUUGUUAAAUCGGCUUUUGUGCCUAUCAAAUCAGCGAGUACGUUGCUCCAAGAAAUCCAACAUCCUGACUCAACAGUGCAAGACAAAGAACCUUUAGGUGUAAAAAGUGAAGAAACAAAUAGGACUGCUAAAAGUUCGUUAGUUAAUUUGAGUUCGCCGAAUACUAAGUUAAAUUCACCUUCAGUUAAUUCGAUCAAAUCUGUUUGGAGGCCCUAUUAGCCAUUUUGUAGAUGAACUUGUUUAAAUUUAUAUGUAGCUUGCGUGUGCCAUAUUUUUUCGGUGUGUUAGCAAGCUUGACAUUCCUGGUUUAACUGAUGAGUCACAAAAUAUUUAAAUACUUCAGAUUAUAGUAGUACCAGCUAUCUAAGCAACUCAUUAAUAUUCAGCUCAACGGCUUCAGUUUUAUGAAAUGAUCCCUUGUUUAUGUAAUUUGAUACCUCGACAAGUAGCACCCCGCUGAGCUAAAUAAUAAUAAGUCUCUUAGAUAGCUGGUAUUACUAUAGCUGCUGUCUAAUUCUUCAAGAAUUUCAUAUAAUUUAUAAUAUAUUUUACGCAAAAAAUAGAAACAAAUCUAUAAAAAACUGGCAUUGCUCUAUUUAGACAAGGCGAAAACGGCGGGUUCGUUGGGAAACAUAUUCCCAUGAGAUUUUUUUGCAUAAUUACAUUCGUGAGACAUCCCAGAAUAAGGUUCAAGAAGUCGCCCACGUGAAAAGUGGACCAUAUUUUUUUAACAAUCUUUUUUUUAAUCAAAUCGCAAAAAUCAAUAUUUUUGGCCCGGAAAAUUUUUUUGUAGGUUUUUUGGACCAUUCUGGAUAAAAAAGUUCUCUUAUAAUUUUUCUCUAAAGUUGAUCGUUUUCGAGUUAUAAGGAAUUUAAAAUUGAAAAAAACGAAAAAUGGCCAUUAAGGCUUAAUAACUCGGUUAAAACUUAUUAUUACAAAAGUCAGAAAGUGACUAAAUCAAAGUUUAAUGCCCCCCUACAAGAUCCUGAAGAAAUUUUUGUCAUUAUUUGAUUACUAAGCUGUUAUUUUUAAGUAAUAUUGAGCGCCAUGCACGUGGUAGCCGGCCGUAAAUGCUGAGUGCGAGAGAGAUGCCACUCCGGCAGUCCAAUUGUGCAUCUUACUUGCACUCACAUUUACGGCCGCCUACCACGUGAAUGGCACUCAUUAUUAUUACUUAAAAAUAACAGCUUAGUAAUAAUAUAAUGACAAAAAUUUCUUCAGGAUCUUGCAGAGGGGGCAUUAAACUUUAAUUUAGUCACUUUCUGACUUUCACAUUAAUAACUUUUAACCGAGUUAUUAAGCCUUGAAAAUCGCCAUUUUUUCUUUUUUUUUUAACUUUAAAUUGCUUAUAACUCGAAAACGAUCAACUUUACAAAACAAUUAUAAGAGACUUUUUUUAUCCAGAAUGGUCCAAAAAACCUACAAAAAAAUUGUCAGAGCCAAAAAUAUUGAUUUUUGCAAUUUGAUUAAAAAAAAUUGAACCACUUUUCACGUGGGCGACUUCUUGAACCUUAUUCUGGGAUCUCUCACGAAUGUGAUUAUGGAAAAAAAUCUCAUGGGAAUAUUUUUCCCAACGGACCCGCCGUUUUCGCCUUGUCUAAUUCGUAACAUUUUUAAUGGUUUGUGUCUCAUUUUAGUUAAAAAUAUGAUGUAUUUUAGAAGAACAGAUAUUAACCUAUAGUAAUUUAUGUUUUGGUUGCAAUUAUUUCUAAACAAAAAAUUGAAGCAAAAAAACCGUAAGUAAGAAGAAACAUAUUGUGGUUUGGUAUUUAUUUUUGGCAAUUUUAUAAAUACAAUUUGAACAAAUUUUAUGUGAAAAAUCGGCUAAUUCUCACUUUUACUUUAAAAAUUUAUUUUUCUAUGUUUCUUUAGAUUCUAUACCUUCUUUUAGUGUUCCUUAUAAUUAUUUCUGUUCGUUUUCUUUUAUAGUCCUUGUUUAAAUUUUAGUUUUAUAUCUCUGUUUCUUUUUACUUAUAUACAAAUAAAUUGAUUUGUAUAUAUUUUAGUUUUCAUAAAAUAUGCAUUUUUCCAUUGUCUUGGCUGGCUAGAUAUAGGCCCCUUCCCGGCGUUAUUAUGCUGUUUGAUCUUAAGGUGAAUAUGGUCAAGUCUCCACGCUGUUUUAACAAUUUUUUAAAAAUCAUCUACUCAUUUUGGUAGAAAUCUUUGUAUAUUUCAAUUUGUGAUACGUUGCCUCCAAUUUAUCAUGCUCUCGCAUCAAUAUUGUUUUUCCUGAUUAUUUAUCCAGCUCAUUUUCACUCAAGACGAGAAAUUUAUUAUAUCUCUUCAGUGACCUUUCUGCUGUUUCUAACGCCUUAGUUUCCUAUUCUACCUCCUAAGGUUAAGUCUUAAUAUGUUUCAUCUGAGUUAUCCAAUUUCUUAGAGGUGUAAAUUCUUUUGCACUUCUGAGGCUAACAGUAGUUUGCAAGUAUCAUCAAAUUUUCUUUAAUUCUUUGACUAACUUCAACAAUGUUUCUUUGUCUAACUUGCUGAUGAAUUUUUUUAAAUUUCCGUUGAAUUAAUUUACAGUCCUAUCUAUUUUGAUACUUCAUUUAGUUCUAUUGGGAAUAAUUAAUUACAAUUUUGAUAGGUAAUGCAAAAACACCAGAAAAAAUACGUUUAAAAUCAUAUACAUUUAGUUCUUUAUCCGCUUUUAUCAUGGAUUCCAGCUCUUCAACGCUUAUGUUUAUCAAAAUGAAGCCGAUUGCAAGCCUCCUCUGAUGUAGAUUAUCUUUUAAUAACACUUCUUCUGCUUGUUUCUUUCUUGUUAUUGAUGUUUCAACACGUUGUCUUUCACUUGUCUUCCUGUUCUAAUAUCAUCGCCAAUUUUUAUGUGAAAAGUUUUGUAAAUAUCACCCAUGAGAAUGGAAUAUGUUUUGUUAUGCAGAAUUGCUCGUUUCAGAUUAAAAUGUCCACAAAUCGAUCGUUUCCAGUGGUCGUUUUUGAUUGUCUGUGAAUGCCAUUUAUAGUGAGAUAUUGUAUUAUCUGGACCUCUAGAGUGAACGUAGAGUAAUCUAAAACUCAGUAUACUCUACAGUAUAACUACAAAUAUUUACAGAUUUUACUGUACCUAAAUCCAUCUUGCUUGACCAGUUAAUACAGAUCGUUUUGCUAGCAAACGAGUCUUUAUUAUUCGCGUUAACAUUGUAUGCAUGUAGGACACUACAGUUACAGGCAAAUAGUAUUCUUCGAAUUCUCUGAUAUUUUGCGCUCUAUACUGCGUUCAAACCAAGGUAAGCUUGAGGUCGCACCCAUCGGUGGGUGUAUCGUGACGUCACAGCUUGUCAUUAUUCAGAAUUUAAUUUUUAACCAAUGACAAGCUGCGACGUCACGACACACUCACCGAUAUGUGUGACGUCGAGCUUAUCUUAGUUUUUAACGUAGUAUAGUAGACUUACUAAAUAACAUUUUUUAACAUUAGUAGUGAUAUUUUUCCUCAUUUUAAACAUUGCGUAGUUUCUGCCAUCUAAAAUCAAUAUUUUGAUAAUAACUUUAACGAUUUAGUUAAAAUAUCAGAGAUCCUUUGUUAAAGGUAUAUUUAAAGUUCCCCAAUAACGGUACCAUUAAAUGACAGAACGUUUUCGGAUUAAAAAGUCCAUCAUCAGUGUUACUAAAAGAAAAAAAUAGCAUGCCCGAGCCACCAAAAUGUUUUGGGUAAAAACCAUUUUAAUGAUGUUGAAAAUUGUUGUGUUAAACUACAUAUUUUUAAUAAUGCUUAGUAAUGUUCAAAAUAUUCCUGGAUGUUAUCCAGAGUAACACAGGACUCUUCCCACGUGAUUGUCCUGAGUAAUAUCCAGGAAUAUUUGCAACAUCACUGAGUAUUAUUAAAAAUAUGUAGUUUAACACAACAAUUUUCAACAUUUUGGUGGAUCGGGCAUGAUAUUUUUUGGCUUUUAGUUACACUGAUGAUGGAUUUUUUAAUCUGAAAACGUACUGUGAUUUAAUGUAGCCCUUAUUAGGGAAUUUUAAAUGUACUUUUUACAAAGGAUCUCGUAUUUUUGUGAUUUAUGGUAUACAGCAACUACAGGAAUUUUAGUUACCUCGUGGAUUUUUUAAAAUAUCCGUUAAACCAAGAAUAAGACAUUAUAGAUUAAUAUUUGUUUGCUACCCUUUAAACCUGUUGCAAUAUUUUAUAAACGAUUUUGUAAAUUGUACAGAGUAUUUAUUUGUAUAUAGUAUAUAUGUAUAUAGUGUAUAAAAGAUGUGUUAUAGAUAUUACCAGAUUUUAAAGAAUUUGACAAUGUACUGCAAUUGUGAUAGCAGAUAGAUUUUUAGGUAUUUUUGUACAAUGAUUGAAUUCUUUAACGGAUUCUUUAAUAUAGCGAAUA